CUAGGCAAGACGAAAGCUAGCUGAAACCCUAGCCAGCAGCAGCCAUGAAGGUCCUCGUCCUGUGCGUGGUCGCGCUUGCCAUAGCCACCAUGGCCACCGACGCCCAUGCCCAGCUCCUGAAUUGCCCCAACCGCUGCGGCAAGCAGGGAGACGGCAUGGAGUGCCCCAACAACCUCUGCUGCAGCAAGGACGGCUACUGCGGCAUCGGCUCCCUCUACUGCGGCGACGGCUGCCAGAGCGGCGCCUGCCACACCAACCAGCCGUGCGGCGCCCAAGCCGGCGGCGCGGUCUGCCCCGGCAAUCUGUGCUGCAGCAGGAAUGGGAGGUGCGGCUUCGGCAGCGAGUACUGCGGCGCCGGCUGCCAGGGCGGCCCCUGCCGUGCCGACAUCAAGUGCGGCCGCCAGGCCGGCGGCAAGGAAUGCCCCAACAACUGGUGCUGCAGCCAGUAUGGUUACUGUGGCAUGGGCGUGGAGUACUGCGGUGUGCGCUGCCAGAGCGGCCCUUGCAUCGCAGACAGGCCCUGUGGCCUCAACGCCAAUGGUGCCAAGUGCACCAACAACUACUGCUGCAGCUCGUCCUGGUUUUGUGGCCUCGGCAAGGAGUACUGCGGCGAUGGAUGUCAAGGCCAGUUCGGCUCAUGCUACCUUCAAGCCGUUGCGGAUGCCUUGCGGCUCUGCGUGAUACCUUGAGGCACUUUAAUUAAGGGAGACACUGCACGCAAUAGACCAGGUUCUGGGCUAUGGUGUGAAAAGGACAUCCUCUGUCACUUAUGAAAAGUGCAUGCUGUUCCCUGAAGAUCGAUGACGGUUAUGGAGGUCUUCAUUAGCCAUGGCUGUAUGUCUAUCAGUAGGCUAUGCGUGCUUCAGAUUGCUUUUAUUUAAUUUCAAGAAACCAAACUAUCUGUUGCCACUUUCGCUUUUGUUUUGCAUGGCCACGGCUAAAAGCUGGGACUGUAACAAUGAAUGAUUAAAUUAAUGUUUGCCUUA